UCAGAGCAGCUGGUCACAUGAGCCUGAAUUUUCAGUUCAGUUCAUUAGUCAGCCAUUUUGGUCAACACCCUGCUUACUGCGCACGACCAAUCCUAUUAGAACUCAGCAUCCCAGCUCCUCUGAGCAGAUCCUGGAAGUGAUUUCUGCAGUUCAGGAUUUUUUUUUUAAGCUAAAUCGAAAAUAUUGGUUUAUUUUUUGUUCGGUUUUUUUUCUUUUGUACUUUUUUUUUUUCCUGCACAGAGAAGGAGGAUUUUUCACUUACUCAUACAGAGGCCAGUUUUUCAAAGCCAGCUAAGGUAGCAUCGGCUGUGCAGGAUUUCAAGCCUCUGGCUCAGCUGAAAAAGAAGGAGGUAGGGAAGGGAAGAUAACAAGAGAGAAGCUGGAAGAAGACAAGCAUCAUCUUAUUUUGCUAGGUGGUAGGAGCUGUCUAUGAGAAGAGAUAGGGUAGAAUUGUUUAUCUUGAACAGUUAGUUCUUAAACCAUAAGGUGUGUUUUUUUUAACCUCCCCCACCCCGUUUCUUGAGAGCUUUGUUGCAGAGCUUUGGAUUGGGGGUUUUUGUUGAGGAGGCUUUAUUUUUGUGCGGGGUGUGUGUGUGUGUGUGUGUGUGUGUGUGUGUUGUGGUCCCAGCUGAGUCAUCAUGUCGGCUCUGACGCCUCCCACCGAUAUGCCGACCCCCACCACUGACAAGAUCACACAGGCUGCUAUGGAGACCAUCUACCUUUGCAAAUUCCGAGUGUCUAUGGAUGGAGAAUGGCUCUGCCUGCGAGAGCUGGAUGACAUCUCACUUACACCUGACCCAGAGCCUACCCACGAAGACUCUUGGGAGGAUUUGACAGAUUUGGUGGAGCAAAUGCGCGAUGAUACAGAAGAUCCUAAUUAUCUCAUGGCUAACGAACGCAUGAACCUGAUGAACAUGGCCAAGCUGAGUAUCAAGGGCUUGAUUGAAUCUGCUCUGAACCUAGGGAGAACUCUGGACUCUGACUACGCACCUCUCCAGCAGUUCUUUGUGGUGAUGGAGCACUGCCUGAAACACGGCUUGAAAGCUAAGAAAACUUUUCUUGGACAAAAUAAAUCCUUCUGGGGGCCUCUAGAACUGGUAGAAAAGCUUGUUCCAGAAGCUGCAGAGAUAACAGCAAGUGUUAAAGACCUUCCAGGACUUAAGACACCAGUAGGCAGAGGAAGAGCCUGGCUUCGUUUGGCAUUGAUGCAAAAGAAACUUUCAGAGUAUAUGAAAGCUCUGAUCAAUAAAAAGGAACUUCUCAGUGAAUUCUAUGAACCCAAUGCCCUUAUGAUGGAAGAAGAGGGAGCCAUAAUUGCUGGUCUGUUGGUGGGUCUGAAUGUCAUUGAUGCCAAUUUCUGUAUGAAAGGAGAAGAUUUGGACUCUCAGGUUGGAGUUAUAGAUUUUUCAAUGUAUCUCAAGGAUGGGAACAGCAGUAAAGGUAGUGAAGGAGAUGGCCAGAUUACUGCAAUUCUGGAUCAGAAGAACUAUGUAGAAGAACUCAACAGACAUCUGAAUGCUACUGUAAACAACCUUCAGGCAAAAGUGGAUGCAUUAGAAAAAUCCAACACUAAACUGACAGAGGAGCUUGCAGUUGCAAACAACAGGAUUAUUACCCUGCAAGAAGAUAUGGAACGAGUUAAAGAGGAAAGCUCCUACAUAUUGGAAUCUAAUCGGAAGGGCCCUAAGCCAGACAGAACUUCAGAAGGGCAAGCACUGAGUGAAGCAAGGAAGCACUUAAAGGAGGAGACACAACUACGACUGGAUGUUGAAAAAGAACUGGAAAUCCAGAUCAGCAUGAGACAGGAGAUGGAACUGGCUAUGAAGAUGCUGGAGAAGGAUGUCUGUGAGAAGCAGGAUGCCCUGGUGUCUCUGCGGCAGCAGCUGGAUGAUCUCAGGGCUCUUAAGCAUGAACUUGCCUUUAAGUUGCAGAGUUCAGACUUAGGAGUGAAACAGAAAAGUGAACUAAACAGUCGCUUGGAAGAGAAGACUAAUCAGAUGGCUGCUACCAUUAAACAACUUGAACAAAGUGAGAAGGAUUUGGUGAAACAGGCAAAGACCUUAAAUAGUGCAGCAAAUAAACUGAUCCCAAAACAUCAUUAGGCAUUUUACAGCUGGUCACCUCGCAAGUUGGAUACCACAGCUUAAUUGUAAAAGGAAGAAAUCUGAAAGUUAUUGCAUUUAUGCUCUGAUUCUAUAUAAAAUGUCACCAAACAUUGAAUUUGCUGGACUUUUAAAAAAAAAACGUUUGAUAUAUAUAGGCUGUGUUUUCUUCUUCUUUAUUUUCUCCCCAGAGUUAGAAAAUUGAGUAUAAGUUCUCAAUUAAAUACCAAAUAAACUUUGAGAAAUUACUUGAGUUGACCAAUAAAUAAACACACCAUUAAAAAACAUCCUAGGGAAUUGAAGCUCUGUACAUAUAUGACUGGUACCUUUACAGUCCAGUCCCCAACAAUACCAGUUUCUAGGUGCGAUGUCUGUGUCAUUGAGCCUGUUCUGCCGUUGCGAUGUAAUGAACUAGAGGUGACUGCCACAUGGUCUUGGACUCUUCUAAAGUAGUUCUGUGUCUCUUAGGCCAUGACCCCUUUUCACUUUUGUCAUCUAGGUUUAAUCCCCAAGCCAAGGAUAAGUACUUAGUAUUCCACUACAGUUCUACUCUCAGUAACCAAGAUUGCUUGCAACUAUUUUGCCUUAGUGACUUUGGUGGGGGGCAGUGGGGUGAGGGCGGGGAACAGCAUCCUUACAUUUCUUUAAAGUCAUAGAGAUAAAGUUAGUGAUUAGGUAACUUAUGAUAACAUAAUGUGGAAGCUUGGGAAAACCCUCCUAAUAUUUGUCAUCUUCUACCUCUGCCAUUUUCCUGCAAUUCCACUUCCUAUUUAGGUAGCUCAGAGAGAACAAUUUUAAUAAAAGCACAUCUCUUCUAUUAAAAAAAAAAUACGCUACACGUUUUUCACAUCUAUCCUGCUUUUCCUUUCGGAGUAAAGACAACAAGGCACAGACAUGAGUGAUGGUUUCCUGCCUCUUGUUCCUUGCUGGCAACGUUUACUUAAGAGUUUCUGUUACUUUUUGUUCAGAUGGGAAUUUGCUUAAGUUUCUAGGAGAAUAACAAUCUAUUAGAAAACCAUUUCAGAGUAGGAAAUAGACAAAUGAUAAACAUAUUCAUUAUUAUUAUUUAGUCUAAAAAUAAAGGUUCCCAGUAGGUAUUCAUAAACAAUAAUCAGCAGGGCUUCUUUUUCUAAGUGACCACAGAUCUGACCAUUCCUAGGCAUUACAUUGUAAUAAUCCUAUAAAUACUUUGAUUUUUUUUAAAAAUGACUUUUGAUUUGGGGGAACAGGUGUUAGUUACAUAAGCCUUUAUUCCUUCAAAAAGUCUUGGGAGAAUUUUUGUUUUUCUGUUUUUUCUCAUUCUAGUAGAUUUGCAGCAUUUCAGCUGCUUAAGUGGGGACAAAGAUAACUUUGCUCCCAGCUCUUGAAAUUCUUUACUGUCUUCUUGGAAAAAAACAGAAUUAAGAGAGUAAGAUAGAUUUCAUGUGUGUUUUUAUAGGUCCUUGCAGACUUGAACCAAGGUCAAGUCAAAGAAAAUAUGACCAACUUCAUGGAAGAGCCUGUACUUUUGAACUUAGUUUAUCUCUUAUAAUUUUGCACCUCUUCUUACCUUCAUCAACCUUUUGUGGUGAUGAGGUGCCUUUUCUAUGAGCAUUUGGAAGGAGUGCUCAAACACCAAAAUAAAACAUUUUAAAGACUAUACAUAGUAGCAUAGUAGCAUGCUCCCAAAUUCUAUUACAGAGAGCCCGAGAUAUUUCACCUUAGAACAUGCUUCUUUAUAGGUGCAAAGUUAUAGGAUAUUUGGAAGAAAACAUUCACAAUCUUCCAGAGAAUAUGGUCAGGAAUCUUAUGCAGGCCCAGUGCUGAAUUGUUUGUCCACUUAGUCACACACCAGUUGGUAGAAAUGGAAAAGGAAAGAGAUAGCCAAAGGCUUUUCAUUAUGUUAAAAACCCGAAGCCUGGGUAAAGGUUGAUGUAUAGUGUCCAGUGAUUUAAUAUAAUUUGUGGUUUAGGGAAGGGACCAGGAAAAUGUUCUAGUUCCACAUAUAAGAAGGUAGUUGCCCAUUUGCAAGUUCCAGUGAGUAUAAAACAGAAAUAUAAAGUACCAAACCUAUUAGGAAAUAAAAACAAAAAAGUGGAUUUAACUUUAAUUACUAUGUACUUGAGGUUGGCUUUGGAUAUGGAUUUUCUAAAAAGUGAUGUUUUAUUGUUUAUCAUCUAAUGGCUGUAAACUGUAGUACUAGAAUAAAAAAAAAUGGAAAAUCAA